AAUUUGACAUUCCCACCGCCAGCUCACUCGCACGGUCCAUAGACCAUAGUCACUCAUUUUCCCCCUUUCUAUCUCUUCUAUAUAAAUCCUUUUUGCUAACUUAAUUCGUAUAACAACCAACAAUCACUCUUCACAAUCUCACAAUGGGAGAGAAGAAGGAGAAGGAGAAUGGAGGAGUGACCGUCGUCCUCAAAGCCGACUUCCAUUGCGACGGCUGCGCUUCUAAAGUUAUCAAGUGCAUUCGCUCUUUUGACGGCGUCGAUUCAGUGACGAUUGACGGCCAGAAGAUGACGGUUGUGGGAAAUGUAGAUCCGGCGAAGCUUCGGGAGAAGACUGAGCAGAAAACGCACAAAAAAGUGGAGCUGAUUUCGCCGCAACCGAAAAAAGACGGCGGCGAGAAGGAGAACGCCAAAGGCAAAGACAACAGCGGCGGCGAUGGCAAAAAGGAGAAGAAAAAGGAUAACAAAGACGGAGGCGAUGCUAAAAAGUCCGAUGAGAAAGAGCCACCUGUGACUACGGCGAUUCUGAAGCUGAAUCUUCACUGCGACGGAUGCAUCCACAAAAUCUACAAAACCAUCACCAAAACUAAAGGCUUCAAGGAUAUGAAGAUUGACACGCAGAAGGAUCUGGUGACGGUGACGGGCUCCAUGGACAUGAAGGCGCUGGCUGAUGUGUUGCAGAAGCAGUUGAAGAGAGACGUGGCUGUCGUGCCGCCGAAGAAAGAUGGCGAUAAUAAAGAGAAAGGCGGUGGCGGUGGCGAUGGGAAAGGGAAGAGCGGCGGCGGCGAUGAGAAUGUGCAAGGAAACAAAAUGCAGGCUCCGCCGCUAGUGUAUCCGUACCCGUUUGUAUCCGGGGCGGGGCACGCCGUUGGUGACCAAUUUCAUUACAAUCCGUAUGGGCCCCAGUUCCAUGCCCCUCAAAUUUUCAGCGACGAGAACCCCAACGCUUGCAGUGUUAUGUGAGUGGCAUCAUUUGUAAAUAAGAUUACUUUUCCAGGUCAGUUUGCUCAACUGUUUUCGGUCCAUUUAUUUAAUACACUAUAUCUAAUUUGAUUAUGUAAAACUUUGUAACCGUUUAUGUUUGUUUUGACCAAUUUUGGUAGCUAUUUAUUUAUAUAAAUCAAUUGUUUAGUUC